GCACAAACUUGUUGAAGUUCCGUUUCUCGUAUAUAAGCGACAGUUGACGCCGCCGAUUACUGACCUGCGUCAACAUGAUUUUACUGACGAUGAUCGCUCGUGUGGCGGACGGACUGCCGCUCGCUGCGUCCAUACAGGAGGAUGAACAGUCAGGGAGAGACCUCCAGCAGUACCAGACCCAAGCCAAGCAGCUGUGCCGUAAACUGAACGCUCAGAGUCCGGACCGCUGCACCCUGGAGGCCGGGGACAUGAACUUUCACUAUCUAAUAUCACAAGGUGUGUGCUACCUGUCCCUCUGUGAGGCUUCAUUUCCUAAAAAGAUGGUUUUUGCGUACCUUGAAGAUCUCCACAAUGAGUUCCAUGACCAGUAUGGAAGAAAAGUGCCCACAGUGACGAGGCCAUACUCUUUCAUUGAGUUUGACACAUACAUCCAGAAAACAAAGAAGACAUACGUUGACAGCAGAGCCAGGAGGAACCUGGGCAGUAUCAACACAGAGCUACAGGACGUCCAGAGAAUUAUGGUGGCAAAUAUUGAAGAAGUUCUGCAAAGAGGAGAGGCUCUUUCUGCUCUUGACACAAAAGCAAGCAAUCUGUCAUCCCUGUCAAAGAAGUACCGCAGCGAUGCCAAAUACCUCAACACUCGCUCCACGUAUGCCAAGGUGGCUGCAGUGUCAGUGUUCUUCCUUACACUCAUCGUCUAUGUGCGCUUCUGGUGGCUCUGAUGAACUAUUUAACAAGCACUUUGACACUAGAGGGGGCAGUGACUCUUUGAAAUCGAAGCAUUUAAACAGAUCCGGUUACAUUUCCGUCACAUACCAGGGUGCCUUAAAGGGGUCAUAUACAGUCUGUCUGCGUUGAGGGUCAAUGUUCUUUCUGUGCUUUGUUCAGCUCAGAGCUACAUUAACAGUAUAAACUGAGCCAUUUGUCUGUGAUGGUACUUCUCUGUGUAUGGAAACAAAUGCUUCAUGGUGAGUUCAUGUAACCUGGUUUACUGGAAUAUUAAGAGAGGGUGUUGACAGAUUAAUGUUUACACACUGGUAUCAGGGUUUCAGCAUUAGAAGAAACCAUAUAUGCAGGUUUUGUGAAAAGUCUUAAUAUUGUGAUAAAAGAAUGUUUAUUGUUCACAAAGUUUAAAUUGUAACAAAGUCUUAUUGAAAAUAUUAAAUAUUUAUCAAAUUA